AUGCUCACUCGAGAAGUCACGCGUCUUUGCGUGGUUGGCGCCCUAUACGUUUUCAUCAGCCUCCAAGCAAUGGAGCAUCAUGGCAUGUCAUUCACCGAGAGGUGGGAGCAUCGGGUGAUUGGACAGCAUUGCCCGCCAAAACACGACACAGCACCAUGUGUUCUUGUGCUUUCCUCGGCGCACUUCAAUCUAAACGAUGCGCGAGGCCAAUGCGUACACCACCAGACCACUAGCAACGCACCACCACCACGCCUUCAGGAUGAUUCGCAAUACGGCACUGCACGCUUGCGAGAGAUUGCUUCGCUAGGGCCUGCACGCCAUAAAGCGAGCUGCGAGGCCUGCGAGCUCGCGCAGUCGUCUGCAUCCGAUGCGCUGGUACGAAUCAGAAUUCGAGCUGGUGUAUAUCUGUACAUGCAGGACGCGACGACAUCCGAGCAGGUACCACUCGAACCGAUUCAAGGGUCAGCGCUGAUGAUCUCCAGACAAGAUAUGCACAGAAUCUUCUUCGAAAGCACGACCCUUGUCGCGAAGCGCACGCGCACGGAAAACAUCGCGAAACCUCUCCAGGGCUGCUUGUGCGCUGCAGCCCGGCACGGCCAUGAUGACAGGUUUCAACGUUCGUGUUUCGCGUACAGGACUGCAAGGACGAGGCGAGACGACUGCUGUCGCUCUCGUCGCAGACCGCUCAACGUCCCGGAACCUGAUGAUGAUGUGAUCUGGCUGACCGCGAUGCCUUCUUCAUUGCAUGCAUUUGAGAAGCCAAGAAUGGGCUGGCCGACAUCCGGACCGCUGCGACAUUCACCAUGUCCGCCAAUACAGAAGAGUAUCUUGAAGGCAACGCUCGCGGGCCACGCGCCCAAGUUUGCCUCGGCCAGAAACUGCACCGAGAUGUCUGCAUGCGGCGCGGCGCCUGGGCAUUGCAUACUUGGUCCGCCCUCAUCAUCUCAAGAGCGAUUUGCUGUAUCUACGAUCGAGGAUGCUGUGAGCCUCUGA